AGUUCUGAUUCAAACAGUGAUUCGUCAUGUACAAGUUCUACACCAGGUUCACCAUUUGUCACCGGUACAUCAUCAAUUAGUACAACAUUAGCUGCAUCAUGUUGUACUCGUUUAGACAGUGGUUAUGUUGGUGUUGGUAGUAAUAGUAUUAGUGUUAGUUGCAGUACUACCGGUCAAAUGAUUUCAUUUUCUUCUCCUCCAUUACGAAAUUUAAGCAACAGUGGUGGUUGUAUGUUUAAUCAUUCUAAUCCAAGUCAUUUAUCUUCACCAGUUAGUAUACAUUCUUACGGAACUGUUAAUGCUGGAAUUGUAACUAAUACACAACAACAACAACAACAGCCUCAUUCUCCUCGACAUUCCGGCCAAUGUUUUAAUCACUUUGAAUUUCCAAGUGUCAGUCAUCCAAUCAUAGAUAAUCAAUUAGUAGACGGGAAUUUCAAUAAUAAUGUGAAUAAUAAUAGUCCUUUAAUUAC